AUGGUGGCCGCUGGUCCCGGCUUCUACUGGGCGAGAAACCAGCUGCCAAUUCUCCCAGGAGCCGGCUCCGAUUUCGGGUAUCGCCCGUUGCGCAAAACCACGCAGGAAGGGUACAACUUUGCACACAAGACCGUCUGGCUUUUUGCCAGUCGCUGGAAUCAUGAAUGCGAAAUCCAUUUUGCACGCUUCUGUGAAGGGAAAGGAGCUGUGGUUGAAGCAGUGCAUCGAUUGGAUCUCAUUCUUGGAAACAAGGCAGCUUAUCAAGAAGUAUUUAAGCCAGAGAACAUCAGCCUGAGAAACAAGCUCCGCGAACUGUGUGUGAAGCUGAUGUUCCUGCACCCUGUUGACUAUGGGAGGAAAGCGGAGGAACUGCUGUGGCGGAAAGUUUACUAUGAAGUCAUUCAGCUGAUCAAAACAAAUAAAAAGCGCUAUUGCCACCCUUCUCCCACAGGUUGCAAGAAGCCAGUCUCUGCAUCAGAGAAGGAGAUGGACUGGGCUCAGAUCGCCUGCCACCGAUGUCUGGUCUACCUGGGGGAUUUAGCUCGAUAUCAGAAUGAAUUGGCAGGCGUAGACACAGAAUUGCUGGCUGAAAGGUUCUACUAUCAAGCGCUCUCUGUCGCCCCACAAAUUGGGAUGCCUUUUAACCAACUUGGGACCCUGGCUGGGAGUAAAUACUACAAUGUAGAAGCUACCUAUUGCUACUUGCGCUGCAUCCAGUCGGAAGUGUCCUUCGAAGGCGCCUACGGGAACCUCAAGCGCCUCUACGACAAGGCGGCCAAAAUGUAUCACCAGCUGAAGAAAAGCGAGAACCGGAAGUUGUCCUCAAGCAAAAAAAGGUGCAAAGACAUUAAAAGGUUACUCGUCAGCUUCAUGUAUUUACAGAGCCUCUUUCAGCCAAAGAAGGGCCCCGAGGCCCAGGAGACGGCAAACUCAGUCGAGAGAGAAACGGAGGCUGACCCGGCCGGCCACCGGGCCCCGGGGGAGCCACGGCAGAACGACAGCCAAAAGGGCAAGAAGUACUCCCGCCUCUCUUGCCUGCGCCGUCGCCGCCGGGCCCAGAAGCUGGACGAGAGCGACCUGAGCGAGGGCUUCGACUCGGAUUCCAGCCCGGAGUCCACCAAAGCCAGUGGCGCUUCGGAGACAGGCUCCGAGAAGAGCGAUGAGGAAGCCGAGGCGGCCUUUGACAUGGAGACCGAUUCCGACAUGAACAGCCAGGAGUCCCGCUCGGAUCUGGAGGACAUGGAGGAGGAGGAGGCUGAGGCAGAGACCAAAGGGGGAGGCGGGGGCGGCCAGCCUCCAGGUGUCAAGAACGGGACCAGGGGAGUCCCGGAAUUUGUGGCAAGCGAAGGGGGUCGGCCGCAGGACUUGAAGACUCCCGGCCUGCCCAAGAUUGACCCUCCGGAGCCUGUGGCCAAUGGGCCAGGCUCCUUGGGCGGCAGCGAGGCCAGCAUCGCCAGCAACCUGCAGGCCAUGUCCACGCAGCUCUUCCAGACCAAGCGGUGCUUCCGGCUGGCCCCCACCUUCAGCAACGUCCUUCUCAAGCCGGGCUGUGGGCCACCCGCCCCGAAGGAGGCGGCAGGAGAUGGCAAGCCGUGCGUCAAUGGGGACGUGGAGAGGUCCAUUGCACCUGAGCCAGACGAUGUUUCCGAGUCGGAAGAGAGCAUCUCCAGCAGCCGAUCCUGCCGGAACGAGCGCUCGCUCCAAGAGAAGCUGGAAAUUAUAAGUGGCGAAGGGUUGCUGCCGACGGUCAAGGUGUUCCUGGACUGGCUGAGGACAAACACCGACCUCAUCAUCAUGUGCGCGCAGAGUUCCCAGAGUUUAUGGAAUCGGCUUUCGGUCCUCCUGAACCUGCUUCCUUCAAUGGCAGAUCUGCAAGAUUCAGGUAACCCUUGUGUGAAAUUCUCUUUUUCUUCUUUCAUUAUUUCUCUCCCCCACCCUCCCCUCUGAAUAUGUAUGUGAGAAAAAUAUCCCAGAUAUAUUUUCUACAUAUCAAAAAAAUGGCCAAGGAGACUAUGAUCAAAAAGCAUCUAGUUUAUUACACUUGCGCAAGUGGAUUCCCACACAAAUGAGAAUAACUUACAAGGUACAUAGGCGCACCUUAUAUGUUCUGACCCCCACCUUGUUCGUUCAGAAACGACAGCCACACACAGCUUGCAAAG